AAAGAAGAAUUAAAAGUUCAAUCUGCAGCCCCUGGGAAAGACAGAGAUGAAAUUACACUCAGGGGAGGACAUGCUAAGCUCCAUUCACAAUGCCUGAGUUAAAAGAAGUCUCUAUUUUGAUUAACAUUCUUGAUCACCUUCUUAUCCCUUUCAGCAAUUCCAGACUGUGGUGGUUACCUGAACACUUUUGAAGGAUCCUUUACUAGUCCCAAUUAUCCACAGUCACAUCCUGCGCUGGCUUAUUGUGUGUGGCACAUACAAGUGGAAAAAGGCUACAAGAUAAGAUUAGACUUCAAAGAGAUCUUGUAAGUACUGGGGAGCAAAUGCGGUGAAGCCACCUGCCAACUGAGGGGCUCAGGGAAGAGAAGCAAUCACUUAAGCCCCUAUAUGUGAGAACUUUUCAAGGACUUGACAUAGAAAGGGAGUUACUCAGCAAUACUAUGGUAUUGAACUGGUUGACUAUUUUUCCAAAGAUUCUGAGGUCCCAUGAUCAGGUGACCAAAUUCCAGAUUUGUCAUCAUAAACCUGAGAUGCCAUUAUAAGGAAAAUCCUGAAUCUUUUAAGAAUGGGGUGAUAGGCAGAACAUUUGAAUAGUUGAAAAGCGUUUUCACCAUGGACUCUUAGCCUAGAAACAGAUGACCACUGCAGAUUUGACUUUGUUGCUGUCUAUGAUGGCUCCUCCACCAAGGCCGGCCUGAUGGGACAAGUCUGUGGCCGCGUGACGCCCUCCUUUGAAUCUUCUGCAGACUCCUUGUCUGUUGUGUUAGCUACCGAUUAUGCCAAUUCUUAGGGGCUUUUCUGCAUCCUACACUUCCAUUUAUGCAGAAAACAUCAAUACUAUGUCUUUCAUUUGUGACUCCGACAAGAUGAGAGUUAUCAUAAGCCAAUCCCAUCUAGAGUCAUUUAACUAUAAUGAGGAUAACUUACAACUAAAUGACCCAACUUGCAUACCAAGAGUGUCAAAUGUUGUGGAAUUUGCUAUCCCUCUGGAUGAAUGCGGUACAGUCAAAAAGGUAGAAGACCAUUCAAUUACUUACACCAACGUAAUCACCUUUAUUGCAUCUCCAACUUCUGCAGUGAUCACCCGUCAGAAACAUCUCCAGAUUGUUGUGAAGUGUGAAAUGGAAUAUAACUCUACCAUGGAGACAAUGUACAUAACAGAAGAUGAUGUAAUACAAAAUCAAAAUGUGCUGGGCAAAUACAACACAAGCAUGGCUCUUUUCGAGUGUGAUUCAUUUGAAAACCCUAUCGAGUCACCAUAUUAUGUGGAUUUGAAUCAAACUCUUUUUGUUCAAGUCAGCCUGCAUACCUCAGACCCAGACUUAGUGGUGUUUCUUGAUGCCUGUGUAGCCUCUCCCACAUCUGACUUUGCUUCUCCAACCUACGACUUAAUCAAGAGUGGAUGUAGUCGAGAUGAGACUUGUAAGGUGCCUCCCUCAUUUGGACACUAUGGAAGAUUCCAAUUUAAUACCUUUAAAUUCUUGAGAAGUCUGAAUUCUGCGUAUCUGCAGUGUAAGAUUUUGAUAUGUGAUAGCAGUGACCACCAGUCUCGCUGUAGGCAAGGCUGUGUCACUAGAAGGAAACGAGAUAUUUCUUCAUACAAGUGGAAGACUGAUUCUAUCAUAGGACCCAUUCGUCUGAAAAGGGAUCGCAGCACAAAUGGAAAUUCGGGACUUCUUCAUCAGAAACCUGCAGAAGAAACUUGGAGCCAGCCUUUCAACAGUCUACAUCUAUUUUUAUUCAUGGUCCUUGCACUGAAUGUAGUGAUUGUGGCCACAGUCACAGUGAGGCAUUUUGUAAACCAAUGGACAGACUACAAAUACCAGAGGCUGCAGAACUAUUAACUAACUGACUUAGGCCUAAGCAGGACACAUUUCUCCCAGAUGCUGAAAGAAAAGAAACGGUACCUCGUGGCUACCCAGGAUAAGAAUAAAGUAGGAAGGCCCGGAAAAAUGAUAUAAGCAGACUUUUAUGUCACUGUGUCAGUGUAUUUCAUUAAAAGAUGACUGACUUGGACAAAUAUUAUGUCUAUUAACUCUUAUUUUAGGAACUGAAGUCAUUACAUGAGUUACAAGCAUCUCUUUUCAUAAACACGAAACAUCU